GUUUUACUCAAGCUUUCAGUUCAAACUAAACGCUUCUCCGAGUGUUGGGAGUUUGCCAGUAUAAAUACUUUUUAAAAUGGAAGAACAGAAACACCAUUAUGAUAAAAUUACUUUCAAAGUGAAGCAUUUGAAUGAAUAUCAUGAUAUAGUUAUUGAUCCAAAUGAUGCCAGAUAUGAAUACAAAGAUCAACAUCUAGAACUAUUUGAACAGCUGGAAUCAAUAACUGGAGUACCAAGUAGAUAUACAACUGCGGUGUAUAUACUUAGGAUCUACAAUCUUACCCCCGUUAAUAAUGCUGUUUGGUAUCUGUGGGGGAUUUUUAACAACCAAAAAGCCUUCGCUCCUAAUUCACAAAUGGAAUACUAUCCACAUCAAGAUAUCUUCAGUUUAAAUAUUCGUGAUGGUCAGCGUUUUUAUCUCCAGUAUGGUGUUUCUUACGCGCAUCGUAUUUCCAAGCGUUUAAGUAUAUGUUAUUACUUGGUAGAAGAAAUCGACGUCCCUGAAGAAGGCUGCGGUGUAGGUGUAUGUCAAUCUAAUUGCACUGAAAGUUACUUUAAAAGGUUGAAAGAUCUCGUUAAUAAUGAUGAAUUGAAUGCUAAAAUUACUCAGCUUGUCCAGCCACUAUUUGAAUCGGGAACUUUCGCCGAAGCUCACAAGAUUUUCAGAGAGUUCAAUGUUAAACAAUAUUUAUAUCCAGUUUGUGAUUUGGAUCAUAGGUGGAGACUUGCAGAGAAUGGUCAUGCACGGCAAGAUAUACAAUAUCUAAGAACUCGAGGUUAAAUCCGCAUGGUAGCCUUGUUUCAAUUUUACUCCAGUCAGCUGAGACUUUGAAGAUGAAAAAGUGAGCUGACGGGUUCUCGUUUACCCUUACCGUUUUUUCAAUCAAUAUCAUCGAUCAUUUAUGGGAAUCCCAAAUUUUUCUUAUUUUAUCUUUUGUUCAUUUUAUUGAAACAAUAAAAGGAAACGAACCCAACCAA